AAGUAUAUCCUCUUCUGUCAAUGUUCAUCCUACCUUUCCAGUCUUUGGUAGCUUUCUGGAUAUCUUUCUAUGCGAAUUCACGGUACAGACUGCACGUAAAUGUGGAUAGCACCGAGAUCGCCGUAUUUGAUGUUUCAAGCUGGAAUCCUCCGAUUUCCUCUUCAGCGUCGAAAUGCGGUGUCGGUAUCGUGUUUCACCAUCACUAGCAUGCCGACUUGUACAUUGUCUAAAGGGCCGCUUAAGUGCUGUCUGCGACUAUAAAGAUGCUGAGAGCAUUCGUAGCGGUCUGUCGCAGAGACUACAUUUUCCCCUCUCUUCUCUUCUUCUUUUUCUAAUACUUCGCGCGGUCCUCCUUCACUUUUCUUCCUCAUUUAUGAUGUAUUCAAAAGCCAUGGCAUUAUUUGUCGCCCUUAGCUUGAGCUCGUCAUCUUUAGCUCAAGACGUUGCCGCGAAAGUCGCCAGCUUACGUGCAGCUGCCACCCAUGUGGAACGCAUAAAGCUACUCAAAGACGAUGAAUUCGUUUUUGAUUUCCUUCACGCAUCUGGGGGAGAAACAAAUGGUGCCGCCGGUCGUACAGUGGCUGCUUCGGCUGCCAACUUCCCAGCUGUCAUCGGCCAUGGUAUGGCCAUGACUAUCGGAUUCCUUGGGCCAUGUGGUUUCAAUCCCCCACACACCCAUCCAAGGGCGACCGAAUUCAAUUUCGUCGUCAACGGUACAUUGGAGGCGGGUUUCUUGGCAGAGAACGGAGCACGCUUCGUGUUCAAUGAACUGCAUCCGGGUACGGCUGCUGUUUUCCCUAAGGGUGCCAUUCAUUUCGAAAUGAACAAUGGCUGCGAGGAUGCUCUUUUUGUGGCCGCUUUCAAUGACGAAGACCCCGGUGUCGAUCAGAUCGCCCAAAGAUUCUUGGGUCUUCCCCCGGCCUUCGUUGCUGCGACGCUCGGUGAUCUAGGUGUAGAGCAAGUUGCUCAACUCGAGGCUAAGAUUCCGGAUAACGUAGCGCUGGGAACUGAAGAAUGUUUAAAGCGUUGCGGCAUCACAGGCAAGGGCCAGCCUACCAAUCAACGUCAACCUCGCGUUUCCGCCAAUGCUCUACCUAGUGGUUUUGGUGGACCUUCUGCUACACCUGCACCAACCGAAACCACUGGUAAUACUGCCGCAACAUCUAAGGGGUCUGUCACCUCUCGCGAGAUCCAUUCCCCCACGCAAGGCAUCUCGGGUGGUAUAUCGCUCAGUGAUGAGAGCGGCAGAACGAAUCCUCUCAUUAUCGCGCUCAUCGUACUAGUCUCUAUCCUUGUUGCGGGUUAUGUUGCCCUUGCCCUUGCCUUCAUCAUUCGUCGCAACGGGGAAAAGAGGACCCGUUCUAGGGGUCUAAAGUACUUCCGAACUGGCUCAGACUUUGCACCUCAAGGUGCACUGUUCGAGAAAGAGAAAACGCAGUCAUUGAGUCCACAUUCCACUCCGUAUGACCCACCGCAUAGUGGCUUGUGAGAGUUGUUAUAGAUGUAUUGGGCGAAGUUUGAUCAGACGGUACCAUAGUCUCAUGAGAGUCGUUGCAGUUGAGAGUCUUCUUGGGCAUCAUCAUAUUUUAUACAUACACGCUCAGUCGCUUGGACUUUCAUAGCCAACUUUUGCAUUACUUACAACUUCGAACAUACCAAAUUUGGACAUAGCCUCAUUCCAAUGCACGUACAACCUAGUCGCAGAGCCUAUCACCUCGAGAGAGCUCCUCGACUUGCUUAGAUCGU